GUUGUUUUUUUUUUUUUAUUUUAAUUGGAGUCGUGGGACCAAUAGGACAGAGGUACAGUGAGUUUUUGUUUUGUACUUUCUUGAAUGCGUUGAUAGGCCGCGACCGUGGUCCCCUUGUUGGGCCCGAGCGUCGGCAGAAAUACAAGUUUAACCGAGGGUUUAAAACAAAACAAAAAAUAUAUAUAUAAAAUAACAAAGUGCAGUGCAAGGAGGAAAAAAAAAAAAUAUAUAAUAAAACUAAGACUGAAUAAAAUCGACGAAGAGGAACGUUGAACGAGUUAAGGGGAGAGAGUAAAAAGUAAGAAAAUAAUAUUAAAAAGAUUAAAGAAAAAAGAAAAAAAAAUAUAAUCAUAGAAGGAGGGUAGAAUGGCGGACGCGAUGCGAAAAGGCCCAAGGAAUGAACAGUGGUUCUCAUCUAAGAUGACAACUGAAAAAGAAGAUAAAAAAAGUGGUGCUUUUAAUUUUAUACGAAGUCGAGGUAGCAUGAGAAGACAAUUGUCUCGAGAAUCAACAAAUCGGAGCAAGUCUUCAGAAGACCACCAUGGAAUAAUGCCUGGAGAAAAUAGUGGCAGUGGUGGUUUUGGAAAGUGGCUUAGAGACCAUCUUAAAGGAUCAAAAAACACAAAUGAAACUGAUACAAUUCUAUCAUCUAAAAAUCAUGAUAAUAAAAAAGUAUUAUCAAAAAUAACAUAUACACCACAAAAUGUUUAUUGCAGUUUACCAAGAGAACAACGUCGACAUAAUGUUAAAAAUGAAAAUAAUCAAAGAAGACCAAGAUCUGAAAGUUGUAAUUUACGUGAGAGAAGUUUUUCAAAUGAAAUUAAUCGUGUUUAUUCAUUUUAUGAAAAUGAUAAUAAAUGUAAUAAGAAAAAAAAUAAAGAAAAAAGACGACAUUCUAUGAACGAAACACGUGAGCAUCGAAAUCUUCGAAAAAGCUGUAUCUCGAAUGGCGGGUCCACGUGUAACGAGAUGACAGAGCUUCAGCCGUCCCCAACGGCAUAUCGUGGCCAGGAUGAUACCCUAGGUACACCCUCAUGCACGCAAAAUAACAACGGAAUAAAAUAUUCAGGCCAAACGCAUCAAUGUGGAACAAAAAAUUAUAAAAACAUCAAUAUUUAUCCUCAAGAUAAUUAUCAUAAACAACAAUCCAGUUGUAAUACAACAUUAAAUAAAAAUAAUCAUCAAUAUCAUCGUAAUAAUAAUAAUUGUCAUGAUAAUAUUAAUAUACAAAAUGAUCAUAAUAAUAUUGAUCACAAUGAUGGAUAUAAAAAAAAUACACCUGGUUAUAAAAAUGACAGCGGAUACAGUGAAAGUAUUGGAUUCGAUAGUUUCAGUCUUACUCUCAAUGAAAGGGACUCGUCUUCGCCACCACCAACACCACCAGUGCGCGACGCAUCAAGUCUCAAGGGCGUCUGUUACGGUCCAGGUCACGAGAAAUAUCCGUCCUGGCCGAGUGCAUCAGAGUGUAAUUAUGAUGAUGAACAACAUAAUAAUAAAAAUGGCUCACACAGAUCAAAGUCCUGGACAGAUCAUACAAAUUAUCCCAAGGAAAAACCACAACAAUACACAAGACCAUCAAUUAUUAAAAGACCAAAUCCAACAUUUACACAACAGCUCAAGACGGUGAUGGAAAGAUGUGAGAAAAUACCAAGCGAGACAUUUGAAUCACGUGGCCUGGAGGAUAACCAACAGCAACAAAAACAACCAAGACUAUGGCCUCGUGUUGAUCGCGAGGGUAAAUCAAUUGGUGAUGCUGAGUAUGUUGUUCCAUCACCACCAGAACAUGAACAAGAACAACCAGGUCAAACACUUAGUCAUGCAGAUCUUGAGGCAUAUGUCAGGAGUUAUCAGGAUCCAUCCCAAGUUGAUAUUUAUCGAGAAUCUACAUUGACUCAGGCUGGACUUGAAGAGUACACAAGAGUUCAACAUUCACAACAAGCAAGCUAUGCACAAUCAGAGGGUUAUCAUAGUUAUGUAUCUAGUGUUGAUUCAACAACAACAACACCAUUUCUUGAUAGAUUACGAAGGGACAGUGAAGCAGCUGCACAAAGACCAUCAACAUGGAUUGAUACAUCACGUGAAGGACGUGAUAGUGUUGUAACAACAUCAUCAAAUGGUUCAGCAUCAAGUAGUGAAACACUUAAAUGGCAUGGUUCAAUGUCUGAUGUUAGUUUAUCAUCUGGUUUACGUCAAGUAACAUCUGAUAAUAAUUGGCAACACAAGUCAUUAUCUGAUGUAACAAUAAAUUCAAAUAUAAAUAAUAGUAAUAAAAAAAUUAAUUAUUCAGAUAAAUGGCCUGGAUCAAUGUGUGAUGUUAGUAAAAAUAUAAUUAAAAAUAAUGAUAAAUGGCAAAUAAAUAUAAAUGAUCGUAAUUUUAAACAAAAUACAAAUAGAAUUAAUUCACAAGGUGUUAUUAAUCAUUGUUCAUCAGUCAAUGAUGUUUGUAAUUUAUCUGAUAGUAAUAAUUUAAAAUGGCAAGAGUCAAAUAUCGACAUUAAUAAUGAUGAUGAUGUCGAUGAUGAUAAUAGUAAUAGUAAUAAUAAUAAUAGUAAUAAUACUGGUCAAAUAAAUUCACCAAUUAUAAAACUUCAACAAAAACAACAACAACAACCACAACAAGAACAACAACAAGAUGAUUGGAAUAAUAUAAAUGAUUCAAUGUCUGAUGUUAGUCAAACAAAUAUAUCAAUUAAUAAUAAUAAUAAUAAUAAUAAUAGUAAACAACUUAUUGCACAUUCAGCAAGAGUACAAACACCACAACGUCAUCAUUCAGAGAGUGUAUUAUAUCUUGAUAGAGAAAGAAAUAAAAGAAAACUUUAUCCAAUAUCAACAACACAAAUACAAGAUAAUAAUAAUACAAUAAAACAAUCAUCACCACCACAAAUAAAUUUAUCUGUUGCUGAUAGAAUAAAUGAACUUGAAAAACAACAACAAAUGAAAUAUACAUAUUUAGAUCCAGAUAAACGUCAUCGUGUAUCUGAUCCAACAUUAAAAGCAAUACAAAAAAAAGCAUUAUUAUCAUUUUAUGAAAGACAUCAUCAUCAUAAUCAAUCAUCAUCAUCAUGGCGUUCAGAACCAUAUUUAUUACAAUCAUCAAACAAUAAUAAUAAUCAAAAUUAUCAAUUAUCAUUGACUCAACAAUCAACAUCAUCAUUAUCAUCAUCUUCAUCAUCAACAUCAUCAUCACCACCACCACCACAACCACCACCAAGACCAAGAGCAUUAUCAUCAAGACGUGCAUCAUCUGCAUCUGAUUAUGCUAAUGGUACAUGGCGUGAUAAUAAAAUAAAUCAUAAUAGUAAUAAUAAUAUAUUAAUGAGCAACAGUAGCAAUAAUAAUAAUAAUAUUAAUAAUGAUUUGAAAUUACCAAAACAUCAGCAUAGUAAUUCAUGUGGUUCAUUGUCAAUGGAUUUACAUGGUAGUGUUGUUAUGGGACCAACAAUUAAAAUUGAUAAUUGGGUACCUGAAAGACCACCUAAAAAACCACAUUUACGAAAUGUAUUUAAUACAAAUAUUAAUAAUGAACGUUUACCAUCACCAGAUUUACCACCACCAUCACCACCAACUGUUACUGUUAAUGAAGUAUUAAAUUGUGAUGAACCAUUACCACCACCACCACCACCAGAAAUAAAUCAUUACAAUGAAAUGGAUAAUAAUCAUAAUACCAAUGAAAAUACAAUAAUAAGAAAAUCAAAAAAAAAUAUAUAUGAUAAUAAUUAUUGUAAAACAACAUUUAAUGAUGAUAAUAAUGAUUAUUUAAAAAAUAAUAAUGUUAGUAGAAUUGGUAGAUCAAGUUUACGUUAUCCAUCUGGUCAAAAAUUAACAAUAAAUAAUGGAUAUUUAAGAAGAAGUGUUGAUGAUAAAAAUUCAACAAGACCACCAGCAAUAUUACCAGAUUUAUUAACAUCAAAAAAAUAUGAUGAUUGUGGACAUCAAAAAGCAUCACCACAAGUACCAGUUGAAAUUAAAUUAACAAGACAUGAAUCAAUGCGUAAUAAUAUUAAAAAUAAUGAUAAUUAUUUAUUUAAAAAUUAUAAUAAACCACAACCACAAGUACCAAUUAUAAAUAAAACAAAUUACAUGUCGUCAUUAACAUCUGAGACAAUGAAAUCACAAAAAUAUCAUGAUUCAAUUGGUGGUAAUGGUGGUUUUAAUGUUGGUAAUAAAGUUAGAACAUCAUAUGAAGCUAAUUCAAAAUUAAUACACGAAGGUAGUCCACAAAAAUAUCAUGAACCACCAAAAUAUAUACAGCCAAGAAAUUAUUUUGCAUUACCACCAAAAUAUAUUGAUGCACCAGUAUCAAGAACAGAUAAUAAAAAUAAUGAUAAUUAUUUAUCUGGAUUAUCAACGAGUUCAACAUCACCACCGCCACCACCACCACCAUUGCCACCACCAUUAGCACCAAGACAAAAUACACCAGGUAGAAAAUCACUGCCACCACCACCACCAAGACCUGCACCACCUCCACAAAAUAUUCAAUCACUCCAGGGAAGCACCUCAAAGGCGUCUUAUCUGGCAUAUCGUCGUGAAAGAGGUGCACCUGAUUCUGAAGGUAGCUAUAAACGUACAAUGUCACCAACAGCAAGACUAGAUGAAUGGCAAUCACAGCGUGAUGAUCCAGUAUUAUUACGUGUUACACCAUAUAAUAAUCAUCAACAUGAACGUCCAAAAUCACACAGUAUUGAUACAUCAAAUAAUCGGAUUGAUGAACAUUCAAAUGCACAUACUGUUGAAGUUAUUGGCAAAUUAUCAAAUGAAUUAACUAAAAAAUUACAAUCAACUGAACAACGUACAAGAUUUGAAAAUAACAAUAGCAAUAACAAUUUUACAAAUAUAAAUAAUAGUAAUAGUAAUAAUAAUAAUGAUAUUAAUGAUGAUGAUGAUGAUAAAUUAACACCAAAUAGUAUUCAUGGAUUAAAUGAUAUUAAUCAUAAAUAUGAUAUCGAAAGAAGAAAAAAUACAGUGUCAUGUGAAACAAUAAAUAAUACAAAAUUAUAUAAUGAUUAUAGUGUUGAUGAUUAUUAUCGUGAUAGAAAUAGUUCGACAAUCGAAAUGACAUCGAAAAAUGUUGAAUUAUUAAAUCGUAAAAAUCAAGGAAUUGAAAAAAAUAAUUGUCAUUUAUAUAAUUGUGAUAAAUCAAUACCACCAUUACCAUCAACAUCACCACCACGUUCACCAAUAUUAAAUAAAUCACAUGGUGCAAUAUCAAGAGUAACUGAUAGUACAUCAAGUUUAUCAUCAUCAUCAUCUUCGUUGUUGUCAUCGUCGUCGUCGUCUUCCACAACAGCAACAGCAACACGUAAUACAAUUGAACAAUCAAAAAUAAAAACAUCAAAAUUAAAUAUAAAUGAUAUAUCUGUUAGAAAAAAUGAACAAAUUAUAAAUAAUAAUAAUGAUGAUACAAUAAAUUCACGUAUUAAAAUAUCAAGUCCAUCACAAACAGAUAAUACAUGGACACAAAAUGAUAUUAUAUUUAGAAAUAAAUUACGUAGAACAUCAUCACUUGGUUCAAGAUCAUCAACAUUAUCAAGUAAUUCAAAAACAUCAUCAUCAACAUCAAUAUCACCAAGUUAUUCACCAAUUGAUAGAAAACAAUCACCGUGUUUAUCAUCAUCAUCAUCACAAUUUGGAUAUGAUGGAUUACAAAUUGUUCAACGUAGUGAAAUUAUUGUUAAAAUUAAUUCAACAACAGAUGCAUCAUCACAAACUGAUUUAAUUGAUGAUGAUAAAACAUUUAUUAAUCAUGAUUAUGUUAAUUUAAUACAUGAAUGUAGAAAAAAAUUACCAGAAGAAAUUGAAUGUGAAGAAUUAAGUAGAGAUCUUGUUAAUCAGUUGGGACCAAAUGACAAACUUUCACCAAUUUUAGUGCCAGCACCAGAACACAAAAAACCAAGAGACUAUGUAACAGGUUUAUUCAGGGUUGAGUCAACAUUACAAUCACGUUUACAACGUCCAGCAUCAACAUCUUCAUCGCUGGAUAAUGAUACUGAAGACGACAGGAAAAAUGACACAAUGCCAACAUCACCAAUUAAUGAAAAAGCCACAAGUGGUCCUUUGUCACCUACUUCAGCAUAUUUUACAAUAUCUGAAAGUAAAGCUAAAUUUUUAACGAGAUAUUCAAGAGAUGUUACUGAUGUUGAUAUUAAAAAUGCCAGUGAUGAAAUUUCAAUUCAAUCCAACAUUGAUAAUCUUGAUCUUAGACAGAAAAAGGAGGAACUUGUACUCAGGUUGGAUCGUAAAGUUAUUGUUUUACGUGCUGAACAAGAGGCUGUGAAAGAAGAAGUAGAAAUGAAUGAUGCACUUGGUGCUAAAGUAACAACUAAAAUAUCAGCAGUUGCAAGACCAGUUGAAUCAUCAAAAUUUCGUUUACAUAUUGAAGAAAUUGGUAAAAUAACUAGUUUAUUACUUGGACUAAGUGGUAGACUUGCAAGAGCUGAAAAUGCACUCUAUGGAAUGUCUGAUGAUCAUCCAGAAAAAAAAAUAUUGGAAAGUAAAAGAGAUAAAUUACUGGAACAACUUGAAGAAGCUAAAAUAUUAAAAAUAAAUAUUGAUAAAAGAAGUGUUAAUGUAUCAUCAAUACUAUUAAAAUACCUGAAUGAUGAUGAAUUUGCUGAUUACCAACAUUUUAUUAAUAUGAAAACAAAAUUAAUAAUGGAUGGUCGUGAAAUUCAGGAUAAAGUUAAACUUGGUGAAGAACAACUUGCUGCAUUAAAAGAAGCUAUAAGCUAACUUCAAGUGUAAAAAAAAAAAUAACAAAAAUAAGAAGAAAAACAAAAAAAAAAAAAAACAAAGUGCCUAUAUAGAAAAAACAAUUACAAAUAAUUACUGUAAGUUUUUUUUAUUUCUUCUAUCUUUGUUUUUGUUGAUUUAAAAGAAAAAAAAAAAUUAAUUAAUUAUCGAAGAAAUGCUGUGAUUACGUAAACAAGCUUCGUAAUAUUGAACUUAAUUAUUAACGUAAUUAUUUGGUGUGUUAUGUGAACAUUUUAAUGGCUACUUUGCUGGUCAAUUAUUUCCCUGUGUUAAAUGCAUAAUUUUAAAUAUAAUUUUAUUCGAAAUAUUAGAUAUGAGUAUUAAUAAUAAUGGUUAAUAUUAAAAGAAGGAAAGAAUGAAUAAUAAUAAACAAAAAAAAAAAGGACACGUCGAAUGCGUGUUGCCUGCUGACAAGGCUC